AUGUCAGACUUCCGCACACGCAUACCUUGUAGAGAGAUCACCUCUCUCAGCAGGCUCUACGACGCGUUGACCAGUGAAUACGGAAACAUGUACUAUAAGUUGGAGACAGAAAAGAACGAGCAUGGUGAGUUGUUCUGGGUGGUUGGUGUCUCGUGCCAUUUUGCGCGUGAUGUCCGAGAACUUUUGAUCGCGAAGGGGGUUCUUCGACAGUCUGCGAGACUACGAGGAUUUAAGGCAGUAAAUGGACCGAAGAAUCAUGGAGAUUCACUGACUGAAGUGAUUGAUCUCACUGUGGAUGAUUCGGAUGAGGAGACCCCCCCGGGUCACGAGAGCACAACCCCAGUAAGAACAAGAGAUCUGCCCCCCGGAUCACGCCAACGUCUCCCUGACACGGAAGAAACGCCAAACUACAUUACCAAAUCAUUACAGAACAAACGAGACAAACCCGAUGAAAUACAGCAGAGCGUUGUUACACGAAUCCCAGAACAACAUGACCGAGCUGAACAGGAUCAAUCGUAACAUGCAGCAGCGCAGCAGGCCAAGAAGACCGUUCGACAGGAAUGAUCCCGAUAUCUAUGCUGCUCGGGGAGCCUCAGCCUCGAGCAUAAUCAUGUCUGGAGAUCGGCCAGGCUACCCAAGUGUUUGCGGAAAAUUUGACCGCGAAAUUUGAUGAACUUCGAGGUUUGGGGAUUCAGUUUUUGGCGCAUGCUUGCAAGCGCUAGCCACCUAAGGCAGCUGGGAUGUUUGCAGCUGUGAAUUUCUUGUGUAGCAUGAGAAUGGGAUGGAAAGAAUUCAUAGAGCAAUUGAUACC